UUUUUUCCUUUGAAACUUCUUCUACACCGCCACAGUCGACUUUGAAGUCCAGAGCAUUGAACUAAGCUGCGUCUCGUGCAAGUCAUCUCUUAUUAGUUUGAAAAGUAUAUGGACUAAGCUGCGGCUCAUCAGAUUUUUUAAAUAGGAGAUACAAGUUGUAUUUCAGUUUAGUUGAGAUUGUGAAAACAUUUUGGGAUUAUAGAAUGGCGUCCUCUCGUUUAUUGCAAUCACACAAUGGGAGCCUUUGUAAAAUACAACAUUUAACAGUUGUGAUAGGGGUUGUAAGGACCAAAACUUCCAAGCCUUCCAGCUGGUUUGGAGUUCAAGCCGCAGGAAUGACAAACUUGUCCAGGAAGAUUACUGGCAAGAGGAAGCCAGCGGUGUGCCUGCUAGAAGAGAAGGUAUCAUUAAAAGAAGUAAUAAUUUGGGACUUUCCUAAAAGAGGACUGGAUUUACAGCCAGAGAAGAAACGGGAGGAAGAUUUGAUUGAGAAAGUUGUUUUUAACUGCUGAUUUUUUACCUUGAUGGGUGUGAGCGGCGCACUCAUAGGCUCUAUUCUCUGCUUCUUGAGGGGCUGUGCUCUUAUGUGGAAAUCUUUUUUGGAAUACUUUCAUCGUCUUGUUAUUUUCAAGGGAUUAGAAUCGGCCCAUGGAAUUAUACCACUUGUAGAAGCAAUAGGUGUAUAUUUGUUCGGAACAGUAAUGCUCAUCUUCGGCAUUGGUCUAUACGAACUGUUCAUUAACAAUCUUCACAUCCCUCCAAAUGCACCCUACAGACUCCCUCAUCGCAGAUCUAGCUUGUUUGGACUCUUUGUCUUACAGGAGCGAUUGGGCGUGGUUCAGUCGUGGGAGAGAUUCCCCAGACCGUGGACAUUGAUACCGCGGUUGUCUCAGACUGAUCUUGAUAUUAUUGAGAGAUGUGGGUUGACCUCCCUUUUGGAUAUGCCUCGGUUCACUGUGAAUUGGGGGCUACUGACAGCAUUGGUCGAGAGGUGGCAUAGCGAUACGAACACCUUCCACUUUGCCACGGGAGAGAUGACAGUCACACCAGAGGACUGUUACAGGAUCCUGCGCAUUCCUAUAGUAGGUGCACUACUACCAUAUGAGCAGUCAGAGGAGGGUGGUACAGAGGCACUGUGCCGCAUUUUCCAAGAUGAUACAGUCUGCGGCUAUGAGAUCCCAUGGCAGGAGUUUCUAGACCUGGAUUACGCACCACUGCCAUCCGUACUAGCAAGGUUUAUUGGUGGAAUCCUUUGUCCUGAUUGCAGGUCAAAGGGAUUCUCGGUGGGAUGGGGGUUGGUGUUGGAGAAGAUGGUUACACAGGGCAGGAGGUUUUCAUGGGGGUCAGCUAUGCUGACCCAUCUAUACAGGGGCUUGCAUGAGGUAAUAUACCUCGGUUAUGGCAGUUUGUCAGCUGGCGUGACAUUAUUACAAGUAUGGUGCUGGGAGCACAUUCCAGUGGCGAGGCCACUAGCAGAUAGGGACAGGCCCGUAGGAUGUGCAUAUGCCUAUGGAUACAGGGUCUAGUUGUCCAGCGUAAGCUGGGCAAACUAGAGCAUUGGAGGAGAGUGCUGGAUGACAUAGAUACGGUCACUUGGCGACCGUAUACAGGAUGUGAGGUGUGGGCCAAGGAUGGGCUGGAGAUGCCCUUUGUAUUUAUGACUAGGUAUCUGAUCGGGAGGACCCCGUUCGUGAUUAAGAGAUUUUUGGUGACCCAAGUUUUGAGGCAGUUUGGGCGCUAGUAGGGCAUUCCACAAGGAGCAUGCCUAUAUGCAUGACAGCAACAGGAUGUAGCGGAUUGGGGGCCGACCAUUGAUAGUGCAGUGGCGAUGGAGGAGUUUGUUGGGUUGGCUGGGCAGAUAUGGGAUUAUGCCCCAGAGAUACAGGAUGCAGGCAUGACCGAUGAGUUUGCUCGAUUGUUUGCUGCGCAGGCAGUGGCUAGGAUAUCUGAUCCUAAUGAGAUGAGGCCGGCUUUUGAUUCGGAUGAGGAGGAGGGAGAUAGGGGAGACGAUGGAGAUGAUGGAGGAGGAGGACGAGGGAGAGGAGCCAGAGGGAGGCGAGGAGAGAGAGGGAGGA